GUCGCCACACAAAUGUUGUCUGGUUGUUUGUUCAUGUUCUGUUUCCAUUCCGUCUUUGCCAGCGAUGAUGGUCAACUUCAUGAAACCAUAUCACGAAAUCGACGGACGACACCGGGAGCAGUGCGACUUGUAGGCGGAUCUAACUCACUUGAAGGGCGUGUCGAAGUCUUCUUGAAUGGCCAAUGGGGUACUGUCUGUGAUGACCUGUGGGGAUUAUCUGAUGCCGGAGUGGUGUGUCAUCAACUCGGCUUUGACCGGGCCUUAGCUGUCAGAUCUUCAGCAUUUUUCGGCCAAGGAUCGGGUCCGAUUUUGAUGGAUAAUGUUGCAUGCUCUGGAGAUGAGCGAUCACUUUCUAGUUGUGCCUACAUAUCGUCUCACAAUUGCGCACAUUCCGAAGAUGCAGGAGUUGUCUGUGCAGGGUCAGGAGAUGGUAACAUUCGUCUCGUGGGUGGAAGCCAUUCCAGCGAGGGGCGCGUUGAACUUUACGUCAACAACCAGUGGGGUACAGUCUGUGACGAUCUAUGGGAUCUCAACGAUGCUCAAGUAGCCUGUCGUCAGCUUGGCCUUGGUCCAGCAGUAUCAGCGGAUGCACAUUUCGGUGAGGGGUCAGGGUCCAUCUUGCUAGACAACGUUGCAUGCAUCGGGACCGAGACAUCGCUCUUAUCCUGCAGUCAUCCGGGCAUUGAGAGCCACAACUGUGGACAUUCUGAAGAUGCCGGAGUCAUCUGCAGUAGCCGCUUUGGAUCAGACAUACGUGUGGUUGGUGGCAGUAUCCCUACAGAGGGACGGGUCGAGGUCUUUGUCAAUGGCGCUUGGGGAACUGUCUGCGAUGAUUUUUGGGAUAUCAACGAUGCCAGCGUAGCCUGCAGACAACUUGGGUUCGGUCGUGCCAUCUCUGCUUCUGGUGGUGCCAGCUACGGCCAAGGAAGUGGCAGUAUUUUUCUUGACAAUCUUGCAUGCACUGGUGCAGAGAGCAAUCUCCUGUCUUGUCCUCACAACGGAGUAGGAAGCCAUAACUGUGGUCAUGGUGAAGAUGCAGGAGUCCUCUGUAGUAGUAGUCUAUCAUCAGACAUACGUGUGGUUGGUGGCAGGAGCCCUACAGAGGGACGGGUCGAGGUCUUUGUCAACCGUGCCUGGGGGACAGUAUGCGAUGAUCUUUGGGAUGUCAACGAUGCCAACGUAGCAUGUAGACAACUUGGGUUCGGUCGUGCCAUUUCUGCUCCUGGUGGUGCAAGCUACGGCCAAGGAAGUGGCAGUAUUCUACUUGACAACCUUGCAUGCACUGGUGCGGAGAGCUCUCUCCUGUCUUGUCCUCACAAUGGAGUUGGAAGCCAUAACUGUGCUCAUGGCGAAGAUGCUGGAGUCAGCUGUGCGCCAUCAUCACAAGAAUCCAGAGUCCGUUUGGUUGGUGGACUCAACAACCGAGAGGGUCGGGUCGAGAUCUUUCUCAACAACCAAUGGGGUACUGUUUGUGAUGAUGACUGGGGGACACCAGAUGCGAAUGUGGUAUGCCGUCAACUCGGAUACCCUUCAGGCGGUAGCGCAAGAUCUUCAGCUUACUUCGGGCGGGGCUCAGUUCCAAUUCUGUUGGACAAUGUUGGGUGCUCUGGCAACGAGAGGUCUUUGGAACUGUGCUCCAAUAAUGGCAUUGGGGUCCAUAACUGUGGGCACCAAGAGGAUGCAAGCGUGGUCUGCACAGGAGUGACGACGAUGCCGGGAAUGAAUAUUCGCAUCGUUGGUGGAGGAAGCCCAUCUGAAGGUCGCGUAGAGGUACUAGUCGGACAUCGCUGGGGUACGGUAUGCGACGACCUAUGGGAUCUCAAUGAUGCCAACGUGGUCUGUCGAGAGCUAGGCUACUCUGCAGCUACAUCCGCCACUUCAUCAGCCUCGUUUGGUCAAGGCUCCGGUGACAUCCUGCUGGACGACCUCCGAUGCUCAGGCACAGAGUCAAGCCUCCUCACCUGCCCACACCGUGGGGUUGGAGUUCAUAACUGCGCACACAGCGAGGAUGCUGGAGUCGUGUGUGCUUCAAUUAUAUCAGGUCCUGUUGUGGGAACGUACAUGAGGCUCGUAGGGGGACAGAAUUCUCGCCAGGGUCGACUAGAGAUCAGCAUCAACAACCAAUGGGGAACGGUGUGUGACGAUUCCUGGGACAUCAAUGAUGCCACGGUAGUCUGCCGCCAGCUCGGCUUCAGGUCUGCAGUCUCGGCCCCUACCUCGGCUCACUUUGGCCAGGGUUCGGGAACGAUUUGGCUGGAUGACGUUAGCUGCGCAGGAAACGAGAAUUCCCUGAUGGAUUGCGGACACCGCGGACUUGGAGUUCACAACUGCGCACAUGCAGAGGAUGCAGGAGUAGUCUGUAUAGCAAGUGACGGUCCUCUUAACAUCCGCUUAGCUGGUGGCAGGAGUGGGAUGGAGGGACGCGUCGAGAUAUCCCUCGGAGGAGACUGGGGAACGGUGUGCGAUGACUCUUGGGGCAUCGAGGAUGCCCAUGUAGUGUGCCGUCAACUCGGCUUUGGUCCUGCCCUGUCAGCAGUCACCGCAGCAUCAUUCGGCCAGGGUUCGGGGAGCAUAUUGAUGGACAAUGUUCAAUGUAGCGGAGACGAAGCCACAAUUGCUGAAUGUUCUCAUAACGGGAUAGGUAUCCACAAUUGUGGUCACCAGGAGGAUGCUGGUGUUGUUUGCUCUCGAGCAACUGGUGAGGUCCGUCUGGUUGGAAGCUCUCGGCAAAAUGAAGGACGAGUUGAAAUCCUGAUCAGUGGCCGAUGGGGAACUGUUUGUGAUGACCUGUGGGAUUUGAGAGACGCCGACGUCAUUUGCAGACAACUAGGCUAUGGAAAUGCCAUCUCAGCUCCACAUUCUUCAUUCUUUGGUCCUGGACGUGGAGACAUCCUCCUGGAUGAUGUUAGCUGCACAGGAUCUGAAGAUGAUAUCCUUGACUGCUCCCAUCCUCCUAUCGGAACCAACAACUGCGGCCACAGCGAGGAUGCUGGUGUCGUUUGUGAUCUCAAUGUUCGCAUUGUGAAUGGCUCGCGCUCGAACGAAGGAAGAGUAGAGAUCCUUCAUGGCGGCUCAUGGGCAACGGUCUGUGACGAUAACUGGGACAUCGACGAUGCAACGGUCGUAUGCCGGCAACUGGGAUUUCCAUCGGCAAACUACGCGGUGGCUCGUGCAGUGUUCGGUCAGGGAUCAGGUGAGAUCGUGCUGGACGAUGUCGAGUGUACGGGAGAUGAAGCGUCGUUGAUUGAAUGCCAGCAUGCCGGACUUGGCACCAGUAAUUGCGGCCACAGUGAAGAUGCAGGAGUCAUAUGUUCCGUUAAUGUGCGUCUUGCCGACGGGAAUUCCCCUGCAGAGGGGAGGGUGGAGGUGUACUUUGAUGGCCAAUGGGGUACGGUCUGCGAUGAUAAUUGGGGCCUCCAAAAUGGUCAUGUGAUCUGCCGAGCUGUGGGUUUUGGGGAAGCCAUCGCUGUGACAGACAGGGCAAGAUUUGGACGCGGUCAAGGACCCAUCUAUUUGGACAACAUCAACUGCACAGGAUCAGAGACGAGUCUGUUGAACUGUUCUCAUUUUGGGCUGGGUACUCAUGAUUGUGACCAUUCGGAGGAUGCAGGGGUCAUCUGCUCCCAGCCAGAUACGAUCCGUCUGGUCGGUGGUCGCUCCAAAUACGAAGGACGAGUUGAAAUAUUGCAAAACGGCGCCUGGGGAACCGUGUGUGACGAUCAAUGGGACGUGCAUGACGCUGCGGUCGCGUGUCGAGAACUGGGAUACGCCACAACACUGGAAGCUACAUCACAGGCGAGUUUCGGGCAAGGCACAGGUGCGAUCCUACUUGAUGACCUACGGUGCAGUGGAAGGGAAAUUCGGCUUGUGGAUUGCCCCCAUAACGGGCUGGGCCAACAUAACUGCCAGCAUCUAGAAGACGCGGGAGUGGUCUGCCAAGAUGUCAUUGAGCUGAGACUUGUGGAUGGACGAACCCCAAACGCUGGUAGAGUGGAACUGAGGUAUCAGGGUCAGUGGGGGACGGUGUGCGACGAUGGAUGGGACGUGAGGGAUGCCGCUGUGGUGUGCCGGGAGCUCGGCUUCCCAAGGGCGAUAGCCGCAAACAACCGGGCCUUCUAUGGGCCCGGCAUCGGUACCGUGCUCCUAUCAGACAUUUCUUGUGGAGGUCAGGAAGCAACCCUUUUCAGCUGCCCCAACUCGGGCGUUGGUCUGAACAGCUGUAACCAUGGUGAAGAUGCAGGAGUCGUCUGUAUGCCAAAAGUACGUCUGAGCGGUAGCAACAACCCCAACGAGGGUCUAGUAGAAGUCUUCAUGAACGGACUGUGGGGCACAGUGUGUGAUGAUGCUUGGGAUAUUGAUGAUGCGGAGGUCGUCUGCAGACAGCUUGGCUUCGAAGGAGCUGUCGAACAGGCUCCCACAAAGGAUCGCUUUGGACCAGGAUCUGGCCCCAUUCACAUGUCUGACGUACGAUGCUCUGGCCAUGAGAGUGAACUAUCUGAAUGCUAUCACAGCGUGCUAGGUCAACACUCCUGUGGUCAUCAGAACGAUGCGGGUGUUGUCUGCUCUGUUCCAGUUCGUCUAGUCAAUGGUCAAAUGCCAAACGAAGGUCGUCUGGAGAUAUUUACCAACGGUUUCUGGGGGACAGUGUGCGACAGAGGAUGGGACACUAAAGAUGCUGCGGUGGUCUGCAGAGAACUUGGCUUUGGACCCGCCAUCGAGGCCACGAGUGGGGCAAGGUUCGGCCAAGGCACCGGUGCCAUAGCACUGAGCAACGUCCAGUGUGAUGAAUCUGAAGAUAGGCUUAUUGAUUGUGCUCAUGAGACUCUUGGAGUUCACAAUUGCAACCAUGAAAUGGAUGCGGGUGUUGUGUGCAGAGGACCAGAGGCCAUUCGCCUUGUCAACAACCAGGACUUGGACCAGAACAAGGGCCGUCUUGAGAUCUUCCAUGCUGGAGCCUGGGGCACCGUCUGUGACGAUGAGUUUGACAUACUUGACGCGAUUGUCGCUUGCCGCCAGAUGGGUUUCCUGAUGGCGCUAUCGGUGGUCCCGGCAGCAUACUACGGAGACGGGGCUGGCCCUAUUCAUCUUGACAACAUGCGGUGUACAGGCGGGGAAAAUAAUCUUAUGGAGUGCCCACGGGGCAAUGCCCGGGCAGAGCAUGAUUGUCAGCAUUCUGAAGACGUCGGUAUCGUCUGCUUUGCUGGAAGUGAUGUCAGAUUACAGGAUGGCCAGCACCAUUACCAGGGCCGUGUAGAGAUCAUGAUCGAUAACGAGUGGGGAACUGUCUGUGAUAAGUCCUUCGACAUCAACGAUGCUUCCGUGGUUUGCCGACAGGUCGGAUACCCUGGUGCGGUUGAAGUUGUUCCAAAGGCUGGCUUUGGGAAUGGCACUGGACCGAUUCACGCUGGCUACCUGGAGUGCACAGGUGAUGAGAGUGAUCUUACCGAUUGUAGGACGGGAAGCGCCACCAUUGGCGACUGCUUGCACAGUGAUGACGUUGGUGUGAUUUGCCAAUCACCAGUUCGUCUGUCUGGAGGAAACAACCACAAUGAAGGUCGAGUAGAGGUGUUCCUGGCGGGUACGUGGGGUACGAUUUGUGAUGAUGGUUGGGAUAUCAUAGAUGCAUCAGUCGUCUGUCGUCACUUAGGUUACCAGUCGGCAUCGAGGGCAACCACCAAUGCCUACUUUGGAGGAGGUGAAGGGCCGAUCUACAUGGACGGUGUGUCAUGUGAUGGUGAUGAGACCGACCUGAGCAUGUGCCACCACGCCGGAAUAGGAUUCCAUAAUUGUGGGCAUCAGGAAGAUGCAGGAGUCGUCUGCAGCUCCUCUUACUCGGUGCGGCUGGCUGGUGGACCUAACGCACGUCAGGGGCGCGUAGAGGUCCUCUCAGACAACCAAUGGGGCACGGUGUGCAAGGAAGGAUGGGACAUCCUCGAUGCCAAUGUCCUCUGUCGACAGCUGGGCUUCUUCGAGGCGUUGCCGUCAUCGAUCUACCGUAGCUACGGUGCGGGGGUCGGGCCUAUUCACUGGCACCACAUGAGGUGCUUGGGUACGGAGCUGUCGUUGGCCGACUGUCAGGAAGGGAGCGGGAGCUCGCUAAGCUGUUCACAUUCCUCGGAUGCAGCUGCUGUUUGUAGUGCUGCAGUGAGUCUGGUUGGCGGAAGAACCAUCUCAGAGGGGUUUGUACGGAUCUUCCUCAACGGUCGCUGGGGGACUGUUUGUGAUGACAACUGGGACAACACCGACGCUGGUGUAAUCUGCAGACAGCUUGGCUACGACGGCGGCAAGGCCAUCCUUUACAGCAAUCCGCUGCUCCGGACGUCGUCAACCAACUUUUUCUCAGAUGCCGUUCCAAUCUGGUUCGACAAUGUCCACUGCUCUGGUGAGGAGGCUGCCCUCUUUGACUGCCCACAUUCAGGCAUAGGAAACCACAACUGUGAUCACACAGAGGAUGUCUACGUGCGAUGCGAGUGAAAAUCAACAUCAAGUUCAUCAUUAUGAGGGGUUACUGACACAAAGAUCUAACUCCAUAUUUUGCCAAAAUGAGUAUUUGAUAUCAAAAUGUUCAGAAAAAUGUGGGCUUUCCAGAAGGCAAUAGCUAGUGAAACAUAGACUUCAAUCCUUAAGGCCAAAGUGCUCAAUGACACUUAUACCACUUUUUCUCAAAAUGGCCAAAAUGGAGUUACGGUACGUCUUUGUGUCACUGAUCCUUCGAUUUGUGCCUUUUGCCAUCUUGCCCUCCCCCAAUAGCAGUAAAUCUUCAUACAAAAUUAUCGUUUACACUGUACAAAACCUAAUGAGGAACAAGAAAUCCUUAUAUGCGAUCAAAAUAAAACAUCUUGAUGAGCCUCGAUCAUAAAACGUUUUUGCCAACUAUCUUCCCUUCUGAGAAUUGACACCUCUUCCACAUCUCUAAGAGGAACAACAUUUCAAACUAUUUAACCAAAAAUGUAUGUAGUUUAUUGA